GAAACAACAACAAUGUUGAAUGUACUUAAGAUCAGUUCACCACUGAAUCGCCUCAGAUUCAGUCCAUUGCUCAGCAACAAUACAUCAAUUGGCGUGGCCUCUGGUCUCCAACAACGCCGCUUCUUCUCACUCGAGUCCCUAAAGACCCAAACCAAGAACCAGAAGCUCAUCAACUGGGUUGAGGAGCAGGCCAAGGUCUGCCAACCAGACAACAUCUUUGUCUGUGAUGGUUCAGAGGAGGAGUACACAAAGUUCACGAAUGAGAUGGUCCAGUCUGGAGUGCUGACCAAACUCAACUCUAGCAGACCAAACAGUUUCUUGGCACGCUCGGAUCCAAGUGAUGUGGCACGUGUCGAGUCGAGAACUUACAUUUGCUCGAACCGCAAGGAGGACGCUGGCCCCAACAACAACUGGACCGAUCCAAAGGAGAUGAAGGCCACGUUGAAGCCACUGUUCACAGGCUCGAUGAAAGGCCGUACCAUGUACGUCAUCCCCUUUAGCAUGGGUCCACUCGGCUCGCCCAUCUCGCACAUUGGUGUGCAGGUGACCGACUCGCCAUUCGUCGUGUGCAACAUGCGCAUCAUGACACGCAUGGGCGCACCCGUCCUCAAGGCCCUGGGCGACAACGGCCAGUUCGUGCCAUGUCUGCACUCAAUCGGCUCGCCCCUGGCACCCGGCGCCGUCGACUCCAAGUGGCCAUGCAACAGCACCAAGUACAUCGUGCACUACCCAGAGGAGCCAUCGAUCGCCUCGUUCGGCAGUGGCUACGGAGGCAAUGCCCUGCUUGGCAAGAAGUGUUUCUCACUGCGUAUCGCCUCGGCCAUGGCCCGCAAGGACGGCUGGCUCGCCGAGCACAUGCUCAUCCUCGGUCUGACCAACCCAAAGGGUGAGAAGAAGUACGUGGCCGCUGCCUUCCCCUCGGCCUGUGGCAAGACCAACUUGGCCAUGAUGCUGCCAACGAUCCCCGGCUGGAAGGUCGAGACGAUCGGUGACGACAUUGCCUGGAUGAAGUUUGGCGCCGACGGUCGUCUGUACGCGAUCAACCCAGAGAACGGAAUGUUUGGCGUUGCGCCCGGUACAUCGGCCAGCUCCAACCCCAACGCCCUCGACACUAUCAAGCGCAACACCAUCUUCACCAACGUCGCCUUGACGCCAGACAACGAUGUCUGGUGGGAGGGCCUCGGACCAGCCCCCGACAAGGCUAUUGACUGGACUGGACGCGACUGGACACCCGCCACCGGCCGCCCUGCUGCCCAUCCCAACUCCCGCUUCACCGCACCAAUUUCACAGUGCCCCUCGGUCGACCCAGCCUUUGCUGACCCAAAGGGCGUGCCCAUCUCAGCCAUCAUCUUUGGAGGCCGUCGUGCGUCGACCGUGCCCCUCGUCUACCAAGCCUUCAACUGGAAGCACGGCACUUUCAUGGGUGCCUCGACCGCCUCUGAGCUGACCGCUGCCGCUGAGGGCACCGUCGGCCAGCUGCGCCACGACCCAUUCGCCAUGCUGCCCUUCUGUGGCUACAACAUGGGCGACUACUUUGCCCACUGGCUGUCGAUGGAGUCGCGCUCCAAGGCCGACAAGCUUCCAAAGAUCUUCUACGUCAACUGGUUCCGCAAGAACAAGCAGGGCAAGUUCCUCUGGCCAGGCUUUGGUGAGAACUCUCGCGUGCUCAAGUGGAUCUUUGAGCGCUGUGCCGCCAAGGGUGAGGAGGGCGCCGAGGAGACACCAAUUGGAUACGUGCCCGCCGAGGGUGCCCUGGACCUCAACGGCCUGGACAUCUCCAAGGACAGUGUACGCGAGUUGUUCACCAUUGAGAAGAGCGCAUGGUUGAACGAUCUGGCCUCGAUGAAGAAGUACUGCGCACAGUUUGGCACUCACCUGCCCUCUGAGAUCACCAACCAGAUCAAGGAGUUAGAGCAGAGACUGAACCAGAACUAG